ACCUCCCUUCUUUAUAUAAGUCCCAAGGUGCUUCUCUAACCCUCCCUCUUUCUUUUCCUCUCUUCUUCUUCUCCCUUUUCUCCUGCUAAUUACUUUCUUUCCUUUUUCCUUCGCCUUUCCUUGUGUUUCAAUGGGUUUCUUUGUAGAGGAUCCAGGGCUAAUUGUAACCCAUCUUCUUUACAAAACGGCUGUUGUUUUAGCAGUGUUGAGAUGGGUCCUGUCUUGGGUUCUUAGGUUUAGAGACAUAAGCUUCUUCACUACUUCAUCUGACUCCCAACCCAACCCUUCGUCUUCUUCUUCUUUUUCCUUGGUUUCUUCACAAAUGAUUAGGGACAGUCUUGUGCUGACGACCUUCGAAGAUGCUAAGGAACGAGUGCCUUGGGUUUCCGACACCUGUGCAGUCUGCUUGAGCCAGCUGAAGGAAGGUGACGAAGUCAGAGAACUGAGGAACUGCUGCCACGUGUUCCAUAAAGAUUGCAUUGACAGAUGGGUUGACUAUGAUCAAGAUCACGACCAUGAUUAUGAUUUUGAUCACGAUGAUCAUGAAGAUAAUCACAAGACUUGCCCCCUUUGCAGAACCCCUUUACUCACUUCAUGUCAAAGCUUGGGCUGGCCUAAGAAUGAACCCAGCUGGGCCGUCGAGCGGCUGCUCUACCUAUUUGGGGAUGAUCUGCUUCCUUGAGAGCCACAUAAUCCAUUCUCUAUAGAUUUUUUUUCCUUUUUUUUAACAUUUUUUUUCUCAAUUGAUCGUUGAGAUGGAGCUUGGUACAAUAAUUAUUGUACAUUUAGACAGUUUGGGCAUGGUUAAAAAGGGUCAAUUUUCUUUUUGAGGUAGGCCACAAAGUGGAAGGAAAAAAAAAAAAACAAAACAGUCAAGUCAUCUAAAGCUUGACCCUUGGACUAGUUGUAUAUAUAAAUCAAAUACUUCUUAGAAUUUUUUUUUGUAUUCUUU